GUAAUUUGAAAAAUCUGUUAUAUCUCACGAAACCAUCGCAAUCCUGUUACUGUUGCUCGUAUUCACCCAUGACAGAUGUUAUUGCUUAUGCGAUCCUACGUCGGCAUCUACUAAAGUCCAAAGACAGCAGCUGCCCAGCAACAACACAAAUUUGACCAGUUUUCUGUACCUUCUUUUAUCGAAGAUUCAAACUUGAUUUGAAGUAUCACCUCCGUAAAACAAAUUUCGAUCUUAUUCACCACCCAUUUUUAUUUCUUGGAACCAUCUGGGAUAGAGAGGGAUAAAUUCUGCUUUUUUCUCCAUUUAUGGUUUCUUGAAUCUUGAUUUUCAGUCUGAAUCUGUUUGUUUGUUUUUGAAGUAACAAAAUGAAAAUGAAACCUAGUUCCUUAAUUUUCUGUCUGUUUCUUUGUAUUAUGGUGUUAGUUUCUUCGGUUUCUUCUUCUCCAACUUCAAGAACAAAUUCAUCUACAUGUCCCAUGGAUCUUGGUUAUGUACUGCGAAUCCCAUGGUCGAUUUCUGAUUGCAAAACCCCUCCAAAUCCUAAUUCAACCCAACAGAUUUCUCCUACUUCCGGCAAUCCCACCGGCGGAAAACGCCAGUGCUGCCAAACCCUCCUCUCCCUUUAUGGCAUAGGACUGUCACAGCAUCUUAAAGAAUCUUCUCUUUUUCAACUGCCCAAUUUGCCAACUUCCGUUUCAUGCCUUGAAGAUUUCCAAUCCAAGUUGAACUCUCUUGUUCUCCCACAAAAUCUCACAUCCAUUUGCUUUGAUCCAAUGCAAUUUGUGAUAACUCCCAAUAUAUGCGCCUCCAUUGAGUCCACCCAAGAUUGGGCCAAGAAGCUUGGUCCCUCCACUAUACUGGACUCUGCUUGUAAGCCAGACCUUACUGAUCUUACUCAAUGCGAUGCUUGCCUGGCAGCCGGUUUACGGGUUCAGUCUUCUUUGAUUGCAACUGAUGGUAAUAAGUCUCAUUCCACUGAAUGCUUUUACUUUGCAGUUCUAUAUGCUGCUGGCAUUGUCAAUGAAUUUGGGCCUGAAAGCACUGGUGCUUUAACUUGUAUCUUUGGUCUUUCGAUCAAUUCGGAUAAGGGUUCUUCGAGUAAACGGCAUUUGGCUCUUGUCUUUGGACUAACUGGGGCUGGUGUGGCAAUUUUGCUGAUGUCUUGUUUGCUGGGAAUGUACUCAUGGUGGAAAAGAAGACGGAUGAAAAAACAGGACGGAUUUAAUUCGGGAGAAGAAGAAAUGGAAUCUAGGUCAAGAAAGAGGCCUACGACGAUGGCUAUUUGGUAUAAAAUUCAUGAACUUGAGAAGGCAACCGAUAAUUUUUCGUCCAAGAAUUUCAUUGGAAGAGGUGGAUUCGGGAUGGUUUAUAAAGGAACUUUAGCUGAUGGGACAGUUGUUGCAGUUAAGAAGAUCAUAGAAUCGGAUUUUCAAGGAAAUGAUGACUUUUGCAAUGAAGUUGAGAUCAUUAGUAACUUGAAGCAUAGGAAUCUUGUGCCGCUUAGAGGGUGCUGUGUGACUGAAAAUGUUGGUCCAAGUGAGAGUGAGAGAUACCUCGUUUAUGAUUACAUGCCUAAUGGAAACCUCGGUGACCAUUUGUUUCCGAUAAAUCAAGGUGGAAGUUUGAAGCCACCAUUGACAUGGCCACAAAGGAAAAGCAUAAUUAUGGAUGUGGCAAACGGAUUAGCUUAUCUGCAUUAUGGAGUAAAGCCAGCUAUUUAUCAUAGGGAUAUUAAGGCUACAAACAUUUUGUUGGAUGCAGAUAUGAAGGCAAGAGUUGCAGAUUUUGGAUUAGCAAAGCAAAUCAGAGAAGGACAGUCUCAUCUCACUACCAGAGUGGCCGGAACACAUGGAUAUUUGGCUCCUGAAUAUGCUCUCUAUGGGCAGUUAACUGAGAAAAGUGAUGUUUAUAGCUUUGGGGUAGUUGUUUUGGAAAUAAUGUGUGGGAAGAAAGCUCUUGAUCUAUCCUCCGAAUCACCUCAAGCAAUUCUAAUCACAGAUUGGGCUUGGUCACUGGUGAAAGCGGGGAAAUUAGAAUCAGUAUUGGAUGCUUCUCUUUUGAAAGGAGAUUCAUCAAAUGCAAAUCCAAAAGUCAUAAUGGAGCGAUUUGUACUUGUUGGUAUUCUGUGUGCUCAUGUUAUGGUGGCCUUGCGGCCAACCAUUUUGGAUGCCUUGAAAAUGUUGGAAGGAGACAUUGAGGUUCCUACAAUUCCCGAUAGACCAACACCCUUUGGACAUCCUUCGUUUUUUGGUGGUGAGGGUAACACUUUUAGCAUAUCUCCUGCAUUGAGUGGGUUGCAGUUAUAUUCUGGGGAUAUGCUUAGGUGAAAAAUGUAAAGAGAAAUACUUCUUGUAAAUAGUUAUGUUUGGCAAAAUCUUGAUACCUGGGAGAAUGCUCUUGAACAUUUGACACUUCAAAUCGGAAGGCUGUUCGCCCCAUCAUGAAGCUCAAGGAAGUUAGAAUUAAGCUUCAUUGGAUUGUCAAUGCCCUUGGAGAUAACAGACUUUUUGGCUGCCAAAAGUUACAAAGCAUUUUUGGCAUAUUUGAUAGGGAGGAUUGAAUAGCACUCUACAAAUUUAGAAAAUGAAGUUCAGUCUGUUCAAGUACUGUACAACUUGCAUUCUCUUUUACAUUGACAUAGAUCUCUGUAGAAGAAUACUCAAGAGAUCCCUCUGUUUUAUUUAUUGUCACUGUGUUACAUAGUUAGCCCACUUACUAUAUGAAAAAAUAUUCAUCGAGUCUAGUGUUUUUUGUCAAUCUAAAAUGCAAUAUGAUAUUUGAUUCAAACCUAAAAAUUAUGAGCUCUUAAAUAAAGGUUCUGUUCAUCA